GGGUUGUGUCCAUGUUGCCGAGGUCCAAGGAAGAAGAUACUUCAUGCAUAGAGAGACACCUAUAAACAAAACAAGUAGAGCAUAUUUAGCGCCAUUAACGCAACAAGAAGUUUACUUACAGUGUCCGGUAGCUAUCGAGUGUAAUGGUGAAGUUGAGGGCGAGAUGUCUGCUUGUCGGAGAUGCUGCAGUGGGGAAAAGUGCCCUUUCCCAUGUGUUCCACAGUGACGGCACUCUUUUCCAGAAAAACUACAGUAUGACAACAGGAGUGGAGCUUCUGAUGAAAUGUGUCAACAUCCCAGAGACAAAUGACAGUGUGGAGCUCUACAUCAUAGACUCUGCAGGGAAGCAGACAUUAGUAGAAGCCUGCGAGAAAAUGUGGGGUGAGGUGUCAUUGCUGUGCCUGGUUUUUGACCUGACCAGUGAGCAGUCUUUUGCCAACUGCAGCCACUGGAUGGAGAGAGUUCAUGCUCACUGUCAAGGUCUAAACAUUCCAGGUGUCCUGGUGGGCAACAAGUCAGACCUGUCUGGUAGAAGGGAGGUCCAGGCAUCCGUGGCCCAGGAAUGGGCCCAAAGCCAGGGGCUGGAGUACCAUGAGACAUCCGCAAAAGAGAUGGAGAACUGUGAUACGCCGCUCCUCAGUUUAGCCCGCGCUUUCCACUCUCUCUACCAAGAACGCUGCGAGACCAUCCAAAACCUCUGUCCAGGCUAGACCCUUCCCCAGUCACACACAAACACACACAUCUUGACUCAAAGAAACCGUCAUUUAUUCCGUACCUACCGUGCUGCAGGCCGGGCAGAGAAUGGUUUGUUCAGAAUAAUAUUUUAAUAUGACCAUGAAUAAAGUUG